GUGGGUAGAUAGAGAAAGCUGUUAUUGGUUUUUGUGAGCAAAAACUUCUACUUCUUUCUUCAGCCUCCAAGUUUUACUUUUGAUGAUGCUUGACAAUCUUCUUCUUGCUUGGUGUGAUUUCUAUUGACCUUCUGACUCCAGCUGUGACUUCGGAACACUGGAAGAAGAACACUGAAGAAAGCAUUGGAGAGGGUAAAAGUGUGCUUAACAAAAUGGGUAUCUUUCAACUCUUUAUUGCUGCAUCAGUGCCAGUUCUAAAAGUGCUCAUUGUGACCGGUGUUGGAGCAUUUAUUGCGACUGAUUACAUUGGUGUUCUUGACAAAGAAGCAAGGAAGCAUUUGAAUAAUGUUGUAUUUUAUGUAUUUAAUCCAGCUCUUGUGGCAACCAAUUUAUCUAGAACAAUCACAUUGGAGAGCGUAGUUCUAUUAUGGUUUAUGCCAAUAAAUAUUCUUCUAACCUUCCUUAUUGGUUCUGCUUUCGGAUGGGUGCUUAUUCAAAUCACAAAAGCUCCUCAUCAACUCAGAGGCCUCAUUUUGGGCUGUUGUGCUGCUGGAAAUUUAGGCAAUAUGCUUCUCAUUACAGUCCCUGCCACUUGCAAAGAGAAAGGCAGUCCAUUUGGCGCUCCCGAUGUUUGUAGCAAAUAUGGAAUAGCUUAUGCUUCUCUCUCCAUGGCUAUUGGCGCGGUUUUCUUGUGGUCUUAUGUGUACAACAUCGUGCGAAUAUCAUCCAGACGAAUAGAAGAAAAACAAAAUUCUAUUGAUCAAGUUCCUAAAUUAGAAUCUACUGUGGACUGUACAAAGUUAAUUCCAGGGAAUUGUACAAAUGUAAAAGAUAUAGAAACUUCCUCAGCUCUUGUUACUUGUAAAGAUGAUUGUGAAAUAACCAAACCUUUAUCUGCCGGAUAUUCUACAAAAAAGAAGGUGUCUCUCUUACAAAACAAGAAAUCUGCGAUCAACUUUAGAAAUUUGUUGUCACCAUCAACAAUUGGAGUGAUUAUUGGGUUUACAGUAGGUGUGAUCGCUCCAAUUAGAAAAACUUUGAUUGUUGAAGGUGCUCCUCUUCACGUGAUUCAAGACUCUGCUUCUUUAAUAAGUGAUGGAGCAAUUCCAAGUUUGACAUUGAUUUUGGGAGGAAAUCUUCUCCAAGGAUUACGAGGCUCCAGCAUUAGAGCUUCAGUUAUUAUUGGAGUUAUAGUUGUUCGCUAUUUGCUACUGCCAUUGGUGGGCAUAGCCAUAGUCAAGGGAGCAGUUCUUCUUGGCCUUGUGCACGCUGAUCCUUUAUAUCAGUUUGUUCUGCUGGUGCAAUAUGCUCUCCCUCCUGCUAUGAACAUAGGUACUAUCACUCAAUUGUUUGGUGCUGGUGAAAGCGAGUGCUCAGUGCUUUUCCUUUGGACAUAUGCUUUGGCUUCUGUUGCACUCACCUUAUGGUCAACAUAUUUCAUGUGGUUGGUCUCUUGACACAUUACACCAUUCAUGGAAUAUUAUGCUGAAAGCUUCACCACUUUAUGAGAGAAUUAGCUCAUUCGAUUUGGAGCUUAGAUUAUUUUUAUGAUGUCAUAUUGAAGCAAGUUGGCUUUGUAUUCAAGAUAAUAAUUAGACCUCAAAGUAGGCAAAUCUAAUACAAUAAGUUGUGUCUUACAGUUCUGUAAAAUUGGAGAAUGGUUGGUGAAAUUAUUAUUAUUAUUUUUUUGUUUGUUUGA